CGCGCGCGGCUGAAGUGCGUGCAUGACCGCAGAUGCAUCUGAUCAUCAUCUGCGCGUCACCGACUCUGCUCUCCUCUCCAGGAGUCAGUUUGUGAAACUCAAGCCGUUAUGGGUCGGAAGGAGAUUCACUGCAGCUGGAAGAAAAGCACCAACAACAUCAAAGAGAUCUUUGAUUUCAAAGAAAUUCUGGGAUCGGGCUCGUUUUCUGUGGUCUACCUGGUGAGAGAGAGAAAGACUGGGAAUUUCUAUGCCCUGAAAUGUGUGAAGAAAAAACAGCUGCAUCACUCAAACUUGGAGAAUGAGAUCAAAGUGUUGAGGAGGAUAAAACAUAGUAAUGUUGUGGGGCUGGAAGAUUUCUACGAAACCAGAACACACUAUUACCUGGUCAUGGAACUGGUGUCAGGCGGAGAGCUGUUUGACCGUAUCCUGAAUCGAGGUUUUUAUACAGAGAAAGAUGCCAGUUUUGUGAUCAAACAGGUCCUGGAGGCUGUUUCCUACCUGCAUCAGAACAGCAUCGUCCACAGAGACCUGAAGCCUGAAAACCUGUUGUACUACAGUCCAGACAAGAACGCCAAGAUCAUGAUCAGUGACUUCGGUCUUUCUAAGAUGUCUGAUCACGACGUGAUGUCAACAGCCUGUGGAACGCCGGGAUACGUCGCUCCUGAAGUUCUGGCACAGAAACCGUACAGUAAAGCUGUCGACUGCUGGUCCAUCGGUGUCAUUACAUACAUCCUGUUGUGCGGCUACCCGCCAUUUUAUGAAGAGAAUGAAACACGUCUUUUCUCCAAAAUAAUGAAGGCAGAAUAUGCGUUUCACUCGCCGUACUGGGAUGACAUCUCUGAAUCAGCGAAAGACUUCAUCAAACACAUGCUGGAGAAAAACCCAAAUAAACGCUUCACCACAGAUCAAGCGCUCGCUCACCCAUGGAUCAUUGGAGACACGGCGCAGAAUGACAACAUUUAUCAGUCUGUGUGUGAACAGAUGCAGAAGAACUUUGCCAGAUCUAAAUGGAAGAAAGCCAUUAAUGCGACAGUAGUGGUGAGUCACAUGCGACGGCUUCAGCUUGCUCACACUGACCCAGCGGUUCCCGCGGUGCCGCCGCUCAUCGCGGUUCUGGAUGUGUCGUCGCCUGGACCGCCCUCUGACGAUCUCGACACCAAUGGGAACCCUUCCUGCAGUCACAUGGGCCUGGCACCUCACAGUGAUGUCAGCAGGGGGCGUGGCUCGCUCAAGGCCUGUAACAGCGAGCUGAUGCACACGCUGGUUGUCACGGAGACGGGACAACACGCAUAUCACUCAGAGUCCGAGCUGCCCCGCGCCGCUCACGGAUCAGAGAGAACGAUACUUGGUAUAGAUGGGUGUGGACGGUCCCUGCAGACUGGAGUCUGCUCUGUGAUGUAAUUAGCUGACUGUUGAUUGACAGCUGUCAGUCAAAUUAAACUGUCCUGCUGUUGUUGGAUGAUGAACAUGUUGUGUGAGUUUCUCUGGAGGUCCCACAACUGAAGGACUCGCUACCUGAAUUGAGAGUUACACGAGUGCCAACCACACACACACACAUUAACUCUCUCAUCUGAAUAUGUCAUUUUCAUGUUUUCAGGAGACUAUGAAUAUAAUUUCACUCAGGAAUUCAGUCUGAUGCAGCGGUGAGACCGUCUGCUGUUUAUUUUCAUAUUUCUGCUAUUUGUAUAUUCAUGUAGAGUAUUCAUAUUUGGGCUAAUCUUGGGAAGGCGUGCUGUGAUUGGUUCACAUGUGAUGUCGGAUCAUACUGUUUGUGCCACUGUUACACUGUAAGCGGCUGCAAAGACUGCAGGACUGAGUUUGAAUCAUAUUUUCUUUAUUGAAACAUAACGACUUGCACUCAUUGUUAUAAUCUUGAGAUGUUUAUGUGAUAUGAAUGUAGUCUUAUUAAAAUAAAAGUUAAUUUAGGGGCUUACUAAAAGUGUUAUGAUGCACACCUCUGCUGUAUACUACCAUGACACUGCUGUUUAUCUGUUUAAAUAAAGAGAUGUU